UCGAUCACAAGAGUCAUCUCGAGAUAAUGGUCCUUCUUUGAGCACUCCGCUGAGUCCCAUGUUCUGUCCUCCUGGAAGCGGACAUUCGAGUCACAGUACUUCAGCUAUGACAUCGAGACCGUAUAAUCCCCAGCAGUGGGGCCAAAACAAUGUCGUUGGAGGAUCACAUAUGGCCUUCUCCCCCACUUGGCGGUUUCCUAGAGACACGACUGGCAUGGAAGUCUUGGUCGGUACAUUUCUGUAUGCACAUUUUGAUGACCAAAUUCUAGCAUCAAUGCCUUCUCCGCCACCGCCAUAUACACCUCCACCUGACAGUGCUUCUCGCCUGAUGCGAUCAGUACCUACCACAGGCCUCGUUCGUUCGCCCCUAUCAGUGGAUUCAUCGUCAGCCAAUACAACGAGUCGUCACUCGACUCCGCCAAAUGGACUCUCAGGACACUUCCCGCCACCUCCCACCUCUUCUCGUGAUCGCCCCAGCUCGGGAAUAGGUAGAGACCCUCAACGUUCAAGAUUCAGUAUCUCUGGGCUUGCUGCCCGUGUCAAACGAUCUGAUAGCUCUGACCAGAUAUCUACCCUAAACUCUUUGCAUGGUCAAGUACCUGUGGUACCUGCAGGACCCAGUUCGCGACCUCCAGCUUCUCGUCGCGCCGCUUCUACCGGGGCCAUCUUGACCCACGCCCCACAUCAGACCGCAAUCACCAGAGUCAUCACAUUGGGAACCUGGGAUGCCACUUCCUCNNCGCCCCCACCAGGACCUCCUCCAGAGAACAGAUCUCAGAGUCUCAAUCGAUAUGCGAGACGAACUUCGGAAGUAAGAGCUGCCGCUACUCCUUCAAGUUCAGGGAGAAGACAUGAGAACACUCUGGGAGAGAUCCCUCCUACUCCUUCAGACUGGAAUCCAGACUCAGACAAUAAUUCUGGCUUUAUGGAGUUGCGUGUGGAUACUGGACAAUCAGCAGAAUGCCAUAGUAUAGAAAGUAACGGUGGGAGUCAACGUACAGCAAACCAAGAAGUCAUCACGAACAGUAUACGUGAAAGGAGGUCACGAAGUCGAGCCAAGAGGGAGGGUCAAGAGAUUGUUCAGGAAGUUCGAGGCAGUCAUGAUGCCCCGAGUAACACCGCGCCUAGUUUAACAAGACCUACUAAUCUCACACUGGCUACUACUGAUGGCUUGCUUCGGAGAAGACGCACCACGGCUGUUGAGUCAUCUUCAUCUCAGUCUAGCCCGGCUCAACCUUCAUCUCCUGAAUACACACGUCGCUCGGAACAUGGUCGCAAAGACUUGACAAUAUUGACCCCUCCUUAUACACCUUCUGUCGCUGCUCCGCAUAAGGGCGGUCUGCAUAAUGUUACUACAUCCAGCGAUCAAAACUCACAUCAACCCACUCAAGCGUGUGUCACACAACCUACGAUCAACAAUUCUCGUAGCGCAUCCGCAAACGACACGGUCCCCUCAAACUCAAGCAAUCUUUCACAAUUUGCCCAAUCUAGUUUGGAACGAUACCGAGUAUUUGUCGCCCAAGAAGUUGCUGCUCAGAACGAUCAGGAGCGGUUGGAACUCUUUGCGAGUUUCAUGGUUCAAGAGUCGAGAUUACGAAGAGGACUCUACUCGAAAGCUUUCAACACCAUGGCUGGAGACAUCAUCGAGUUGACGCGCGAUUUGUGGAGACCAUUGCCUGCCGCAGCUGAGCAUGAUACCAUCGCACCUAAGAGUCGGAACGUGAGCCCAGAAAGUGCAAAUAUCAUGAUCGAUCUGGACGCCAGCUUCAGCACAUCUAUGACCUCUACUGAGGAACACACGCCAGCUACUGAUACAGAGUCUUUGGCCGACGAGAGCCAAGACGCUGUGGACCAAAGACCUUCCAAUCCUUGGGGUGACAAAUUCAAACCAUGUCUUUCACCGAUUCCUAGCAUGGCUGUCAGCACUGUGCCGGAUGAAGAAAGCUCUAGAGGUAGAUCGGCCAGCCGGUGGUGGGAAGAGAGCGUGGAUGGCUCGUUUGGCAACGGUGGUAGAAGACUGGAGCGAACCAAGCAAGAGACGAAGUACAUGAGUUUGCAUCCUCAGGAGUUGUUUAUCGCUGCGCAACCUUCACCUAAUCAGAGCACACCCACACCUGGUACCAGCAAGCAGACAUUCCAGUAUGGACCUGACGAAUAUCCUCAAGAGAAGGUUGGCUGGCAUGAAGACGAAAGUUUGUAUACCCCGUCGAACCCGCCCUCGGCAACUUUACUCUCACCUCGCAACAAAGCACCCGUUGGCCGUCCAGUGGGCAGAUCAGCUCUGGAUGUUACAAGACUGGUCACACUUCCGCCACCAUAUCCGCGCCACUAUCCUGCUGUAAAUAACAGUCAUCCUGCAUUGGGCACGCUUAGAGCGAACCACCGUGCUGUAGCAGACCUCUCGAGCAUUCGCGAACUCAUCCAGGCUCACGAAGCCACCGAGAUCAGCCGCCGUCAAUCAUGGCGAACUUCAGCCGGAGAACGACUUCGUUGCUUCCGUUCUCAGACACAAGCGUCUAUUAAUUCAGGAAAGAUAUCAUAUAACGAUGUCAACCAAGUUGAGCUCACGUUCCGUCAGUCCGAGGCCGCAAAUGUACUACGCCAGGCCGAAACACAAUGUCAAGACUUCCGGCAGCGAGUUCAUGGGCCCGUGUCUCGAAUGCUUGUUGAACAUGCACGAAGUUGUGACGAUUACAUUGAUCAACUCAUGAAAGCACUAGACGCAGAAGCUGAAUGCGACCAGAACUUGCUAGCCCAGACUGAGGGAGAUGAAAGGCCUGAGCUUGUUGAGCAGCUCACACUUCUAAAGUGGUUGUUUGAAAGCAGAGAGCAUGUUCACAAGGAACGGUUCGACAUUGAUACUGCCCUUGUCGCGAGAGAAUCUGCAGCUGUCUUGACAAAUUACCGGCAGAAUGCGAGCGAAGUACAGCUGCGCCAGGCCGAGGGCCACUUCGAGGCCGAUCGCCAGAGACGACAACUCCGAUAUGCACAAGAGACGUACGAGAGAUACGACCGCUUACGCAAAAUCGUGGAGAGACAUAUCUCAAGGGGAGUCGAAAUCCAGCUGUCGGCGUUCUGGGACAUCGCACCAGGUCUGGUUGAAGUUGUGCACAAAGUGCCCGACAACCUGCACGGAUUUGAGAUUGUCGUGCCUUCCAACGAACUGGCAGAGAACAUAUCGUAUCACGAGUUUCCUCUACAAUACAUGUACACCAUUUUGGUACAUGCCAAGAAAUCGGCAUAUCAGUUCAUCGAGGCGCAGACAAACCUGCUAUGUCUUUUGCACGAGGUGCACACUGCGACUGAAGCUGCUACUCUAGGAUUGCAAGAAAUUGAGCGCACUGCAGCGGGUGAAAGUGCGAGCCUUGUGCAGGCAGACAUGGUGCGUUUCAAGAAGCAGAAGGAACAGGAGUUGACUGAAGACUUGCAAGGCAAAGUGCACGAGGUAGAAGGUCAAUGGAGAGAGGCUUUGGGAGCAUCGAUUGAAGAGUGUAUUGAAAGGGUCAGAACGUGGCUGGAGCACACUGGCGGCUGGGAGGAGAGUCUGGAAGUU